AACAGCUGAAAGCUUUACGACAAGGAACAAAGGAACAAGAAAAAGAAGGAACAAGGAUAAUUCUGAGAAUUCCAACUUGCCCAACUCAUCUCCUUGCUUCUUCUCUUCAUUUCUGGCUCCCUCUCUCUCUCUCUCUCUCUCUCUCUCUCUCUCUCUCUCUCUCUCUCUCUCUCUCUCUCUCUCCUUCAAUGGACCUUCCCAAGAAGCCUGACGGGAACCUUGAUGGCUUCUCCACAGUCUCCUCCUCCACAAGGGUUUUCUGGAAUUCCAGAAGGAGAUCAGGAAGCGGGCGGAAUUUAGAAAAGGUUGCAGAAGAUACCAGUGAUAAUACACCCAAAAAACAGGAUGAAUCUCCGCCUGAAGAGACGAUGCAGGACAUUUCUGUUUUAUCUGAGCGUAGGAAGGCUCUUUUUGAACCAUUGGAACCUUUAACUGGGUCACGACCCUUAGCCGAAUCCUUGCUGCCUCCACCUGACUUCGACUCUGCAAACUAUCCUCGAGGUUGGCUGAUAGGAAAGAAGAGGAAGCUUGUGAAUGUGGAUGUUGUUGAGAGCAUGAGGAGAAUUGCUGUCCAGGAAAUGAAUAGAAAGGACCGGGAAAUAAAUGGCUUAAAUGGGCAGUUAGAAGACGAUGCAAGGUGCUUGGAACACCUCCAAGUCCAGCUCCUGCAAGAACGCAGCAAACGUGCAGAGGUAGAAAGAGAGAACUUGAUGCUGAAAGAUCAGUUGUCUAUGCUGAUGAACAUGUUGCAGGAACAGGAGGCAAUGGAAAAUGAGAGCACAGAAGAGCAUUAAAAUUGUUGUGUUGCUUUGUCUGUUUAAUUCUUUUGUAUAUCUAUUCGUGGGUUCGGAAACAAAGAACCACCAUAGAACCAUACCGUAUAUACUAGGAUUGCCAAUGUAGUUUCUUGGUGCUACAAGUAGCUUGCAUUUGUUAUUGUUUGUAAGUGAGUCUUUAAUAUCUUGUUAAAGUAUUAAGUUUGGGUAAAUUGUAUCUUAUCUGUGUAUG